CACCCCCUGAAAUCCACCAGUCCCGCCUGCCUCCCGAAUCCCGCCUGCCGCCUCGCCAGGUCUACUUGAGUAGUACACUGACACGUGGCACUUCAACUAUUGGCCAUGAGGCAGCCUCUUCUUGCUGUGCAAGAUGCGGAGAUCGGAACUGCGAGCUCGUCAGAAGCACCGGCGCUACUCGUCAGCGCCGAUGGUAGCGAUGGCGGUAAUGAUCCGAGAUCCAAUCUUGGGGGAAGCCUGAGGCAAGGACAUGGCAUCGCGGCUCGUUCCGCAUCUUUCAAUAGAGCCCGCUCGUUUCGCGACUCUGACAUAGGUCACUCUCACUACUCGCAUCGCUCGCCAUGGCUGCGCGCCGCGCUUCUCGGCUCGAACGACGGUCUAGUCUCCAUUACCUCCUUAAUGCUCGGAGUCGGCGCCGUAGAAACCUCCCACACCAUGAUGAUUAUAUCGGGGCUUUCGGGGCUUAUAGCGGGGGCGUGCAGCAUGGCUAUAGGCGAGUACAUCUCGGUGUACGGGCAGCGCGACUCGGAGGAGGCGGAUCUGCAGAAAGAACGGGAGGAAUUCGAGAAAGGGCCCGAGGCGGUCGCGCGGGAAUUGCGGGAGCUGACUCAGAUCUACGUGGCGCGCGGCGUGCCGUACGAUCUGGCGCGGCAGGUGGCGGAAGCGCUGCAUGAGAGCGAUCCGAUAAGGGCGCACGCGAGAGAGGAGUUAGGCAUCGACUUGGACGAUUUGUCGGAUCCGGGGCAGGCUGCUGUCGUGUCAGCCAUCUCCUUCUUUCUGGGCGGAAUCACCCCCCUCCUCUCAGGCUGCGUCAUUACAGACUAUAACACGCGCAUCACUGUACUCAUCGCCCUAUCAACCGUGCUCUUCAUCGCAUUAGGCGCCUUAGGCGCGUGGUUGGGUGGGGCACCUCAGGCCCGGGCGGCAGUGAGAACGACUGUGGGCGGCUGGUUAGCUAUGGCGAUUACCUACGCAGUGGUGUGGGCUUUUGGGGCGUCGGGGGUGUAGGGAUCAGUUGGGGGGUUUGGGUGGGGGGGGAAUCACGGCAGGCUCUGUGGCAGUGAGAAGGAUUGUGGGUGGCUGGUUAGGCAUGGCAGUUACCUGUGCGGGGGUGUGGGCUGGGUUUCGGGUUCAGGUUGCAGGGGGUCUGGGUUGGCAUGCACUGCGGCCGAGGGCGCAGUGAGGACAACUGUGGGGGGUGGAUAGCCAUGGCGACUACCUAUGCAGUGGUGUGGGCGUUUGGGGCGUCAGAGGGGUAAAGGUCUGCGCUACAGACCUAGACUCCAGGAAUGGAAGUGAGGACAGGCUCCUCAUGCAGUUAGCACGACUGUGAGAACGACUGUAUGGGGGGGGGGGGUGGUGGGGGACAAGUGUUGGCUUUGUGGCGGGGCGCCGGCCAGGCCGCAUGGUCAUCGCAUCACAUACUUGGUGGUGUGUGGCCUUGUGGCUUCAGUGGGUGUAGCUGCCCCUUCAGCCUUUUGAGGUCUCAACUUCACCCUGUUCAAGGGGUGCCAAACGUUGGUUCAGGCUGACGGCUUGGAGUUAGGUGCCGGGGGCAAGAGUGUGGCAGCAGGAGCAUGUGGAGAAACUGGCGAUUACGUGUGCAUAUGUAGCACUCAGCUGGAGAAGGGGGGGGCGCUGGAGGAAGGGGGGAAGGGGGAAAAGGUUGAGACUUGCCCCUUGGCUACCACGUACCGUAAUCCCCCGUAUAUAGCACCCUAUGGUGUUAAUAAAAAUGCAGCAAAAUUUUGGGCUGGGUGUAAUUAAAGGCUAAAAAAAUAAAACACCCAGGAGUUAUGUACUGUGCAUAUGCUUUUUUUAAUUGGAAUACACGUG